AUUUGGCACAGAAACAACUUGGGUGCAGCUUCGGCCGGCUCAGAGAUGGCGGCCUUUUACGCCCAAAGGCCUUCUCGAUCUCGGUCCCCCAGACAGGAGCGGCCGGUAGCACUCAAGAAGCACAAGUGCCGAUUCUGCGGCACGUAUGAUCUUUGUGAGUUUGGGCGAGACGAGGACUUUUGCAGCAGCUCCUGCUACAUCGGCGCCAGCAAGGGCAUAGAGGCUUUGGACUGGGAUACCUCCGAGGCUGCCUGCUGGCUGGGCGGCGAGGGCUUGGACCGAUGGAAGCGGCAGCUCGUGUCCGUGCUUCGCGACGGUCAUGCGCUGCUCACCACGCUGAACGAAGGGGUGUUGCGGCGGGUUGGAGUGCCUAAGAGGAAGGCGAAGGAAGUCAUGCAGGACGUGGAGGACCUGCGGCGUGGCGCUUGGUCGCAGCCGGAGCCACCCUUGAAGGAAGUGCCCCUGGUCACUGUCGCCGAGAUGGGCGAGCGAGCCCGUCCAGGCCUAGGCUGGCACUUGGUGCUGAAGGACGACAGCCUUCGAUCCUACGCCUCCCUUUGCCGCAACGCCGUGCCGCAGGACAUGGCCUGGAGCUGGUUCGAGCAGCUUCGGACACAACUGCCAUGGCAGGACCUCUCCGAUUCGCGGUACCAGGAAGAGGGCAAGUACAUGCCGCGCAGGACGAUCUUUACCGUCUUCAACGGGUGCAACUGCACCUACAAAUAUUCAGGUGUCGCAGUGAAGCCGACCAUCGAGCCACCCUUUGUGGCACGGAUUCGUGAGUAUUGCGUGGCAGCCAGCGGCCUGGCAACGCAGCCCAAUUGUUGCAACAUCAAUCUCUAUCGAGAUGGCCGUGACUCUGUCGGUUGGCACACAGAUGACGAGGAGCUCUUUGAGGGUGGCUACAAUGACAUUUGCAUUUUAAGCCUCUCCUUGGGCGCCACUCGAACCUUCGAGGUGAAGCACCAGCCGGGCUUCGGGGUGGCCCGGGGCAGUCACAAGGGCCCAGCAGAGACCUCCUUCGCGGUUAGGAACGGGGACCUUUGCACGAUGGAGGGGAAGUUUCAACGCCACUACCUCCAUGCCGUUCCAAAGGAGCCGCAGGUGCGUCAAGCCCGGAUCAACCUGACUUGGCGCUGGAUCACCAAGCACAAUCAGGUGGAUGGGUGUCCCCUUUGCGGACCUGGGAAUUCGCGCGCACCCCUAACGCCCUCCAUUUGCUGAGAGCACAGAUCGCACAUGAUCGCACAGAUCGGUGGCCUGACCUUGGCGCUGGAUUGUGGGCCGUACCCAUGUUGCGGCCACACUUUUCUGGGCGUGCUCAGAAAACAAUUACAUCAUUUCAAUAUGCCUUUGGCACUACCAAUGUGUCAAAGAGGACUUGGAUGGUCUUCGAGUUGAAUAAUUUGGAUCCAGUGGAAGAAAGCAAGAUAGCACAAAAUAGCCCAUCCAGGCCCCUUUUACAAGGCCAAUAAUUCAUGUUCGUUCUUUUUCCCAGAUCCCUGCUUGGCCCUUUGUGAAGCUCAACAUGCCUCGCCUGUGAGGGAGACCGGUGAGCCAAGUGUC